UUUCAACUGUGUUGGAAGGUAAGAAUAGAAAAUACUCUAAGUAAUAAAAAGCGGCUGUAUCUAGGAAGGCUUAAAGUGACAGUGCAUGCAUUUAAAAGGAUAUGUUAGAACACACUUUUCUAAAAUAACAAAACACUUCAAAGCCUGACAAACUAACAGACGAGUUUACACUAACUCUGAACUUUCCAGGGUUAACUGUGCUCAUGUUGAGAAAGAGAGAGAGAGAGAGAGAGAGAACACGAACGAGAACUACUUUGAAUACAGUUGUAUACUGUAGCGUGAAGUGUGGUCAUACGCUGCAUCUGCACAUCCAGACACAGGGACGAGGAAUAUACACUAUAGGUCUGAAGCACUGAAUAAAUAAAAAGGAAAUAACCUUCCUUGGCUCUUUUCCAGCUGUAAAAAAGCGCACUCAUUUAUUUCCUUGUUUUCAAUCACUGGAGCUGGAUGCACUGGAAUGAGUCAAUCAACAAACAACGAUAGCAGCAGACAGCAAGCUUUGCUAACGAACGCAGCGAAAACUGCACACAGAAUGAGAUGCAGGAGAAGAACUGUGAAACACCCAAGAGACAGGCAUUAAACACGUAAGUCAGAUCCCCAAAAGAACAGGAGAAGCAGAAAAACAACAACUUACUUUUUUUUUUUAAACAAUGUGGCAAGAAUUAUUUUCCCCCUCCAUUCAAUACCAGUUGGAGAAAAUACAUACAUGAAGAACUUGACUUUAAAAACAGAAGAAGUUCAAUCUUGACGUUUAAAAACAAAUGGGAAGGUAUGGACAAAGGUUUUUAUUUUAAGCAUAUCCCAAAGGAAUAAAAAACUUGUCUUCUAGAAAGUGACGUUAAAAAAUUAUGUGCUGAAAUCCAGCACGUGAUGAAAAAGAAGAUCAAACUGCAGAAGAAAUUUAUCCCUCUCAAACCCUCAGGGAAACAAAAUCCAAGAGAAAUCUAAGGGGGAACCUUUCGGCAUGCAAGUUCACACACCAUAUUUCCUGCUGUAGGAAGACACAAGAAGCUAAAAACUGUCGACUUCUCACAGCCAUUGAAUUCUCUCCUAAACCCUUCUGAAACCUAAGCUUCUCUACAAGAGUAAUCAGACCACUUGACCCUGCCAGCCAGAGUCAAUACUUUCAUUUUUAAGAGGUACGUUCAUCCAGGAAGGAACGGAAUACAAGUUUAGAUCCAACGCCCUGGCAUGGGUGCAGCAUAUCACAGCAUCAGAUGACCGGUUUACCUUACUGACCAUGCUGGCCUUUCUUCAGGAUCGUACCGGACCAGAGAGGAACAGCCAGCUGCUAUACCUUACAAAAUGUCUGAGCAAAACACAAUUCCUGAAUACAUCCUGCUGGGCACAAAGAUGUCCUAUCCCUUAAACGGGUAUGGAUCUGGCAACGGAUCUUUGACACAGCUCUCAGUAACAGGGGAAUUCAAACAGAACUACCUGAAUGACGAACAGGGGAAUAGACCACGGUGGGCAGCUCUGCUGAUCCUAAUGGUGAUCAUCCCCACCAUCGGGGGGAACAUACUUGUUAUACUAGCUGUGUCCCUGGAGAAAAAGUUGCAAUAUGCCACAAAUUAUUUCCUAAUGUCCUUGGCGGUGGCAGACUUGCUGGUUGGAUUGUUUGUGAUGCCGAUUGCCCUUAUCAUCAUACUGUUUGAUAACGCAUGGCCGCUUCCACCUGACUUGUGCCCUGUCUGGCUAUUUCUUGAUGUCCUCUUUUCCACAGCAUCCAUUAUGCAUCUCUGCGCCAUCUCACUGGACCGCUAUAUUGCCAUAAAAAAGCCAAUCCAGGCCAGUCAAUACAACUCUCGGGCUACCGCUCUCAUCAAAAUAACUGUGGUGUGGCUCAUUUCAAUAGGCAUUGCCACUCCAAUCCCGAUCAGAGGUAUAGAGGAUGGAGACGGCAGCUCCACAAACAUCACAUGUGCCCUGACACCCGAUCGUUUUCGUGACUUCAUCCUAUACGGGUCGCUAGCUUCAUUCUUUGUUCCGCUUGCAAUUAUGAUAGUCACUUACUUUCUGACCAUACAAGUGCUUCGUAAGAAGGCCUACUUGAUCAACAAGCCACCUCAGCGCCUAACGUGGUCUACCGUGUCUACAGUAUUCCAACGGGAUGUAACACCCAGCUCAUCACCUGAAAAGGUGGCCAUGUUAGAUGGCUCCAGAAAGGACAAGGUUAUGCCCAGCACAAACGAAGAGAUAUUCAUACGCAGAAUGUCCACUGCUGGAAAGAAGUCUGUGCAGAACAUCAGCAAUGAACAAAGGGCCUCAAAAGUCCUUGGGAUUGUAUUUUUUCUUUUCUUGUUGAUGUGGUGCCCAUUCUUUAUAACAAACAUAACUUCAGUUCUGUGUGACUCCUGUAGCCAGGAAGUUAUUCAAAGGCUCAUGGAGAUAUUUGUUUGGAUAGGAUAUGUAUCCUCAGGGGUGAACCCUCUAGUCUACACGCUCUUCAACAAGACAUUCAGGGAGGCAUUUGGCAGGUACAUCACCUGCAAUUAUCGGACCGCAAAGCCAAUGAAGGCCCUUCGGAAAUGCUCUAGCAGGAUCUCCUUCAGAAAUUCAAUGGCAGAAAACUCCAAACUCUUUAUGAUGCAUGGGAUGCGAAAUGGGAUUAGUCCCGUUAUGUACCAGAGCCCUAUGAGGCUUCAUAGCUCACCAAUCCAGUCAUCGUCAGCCAUUCUGUUGGACACAUUGCUGCUCACAGAGAAUGAGGUUGAUAAAACAGAAGAACAAGUGAGCUAUGUAUAAUGGAAUGAAAACCAAGUUCACAACUAAUUAUACAACUAUGUAUUGUACGUAAAUAUGCUAUAUGAGGAUAUAAAUAUUAUUGUCUGUUAUUUAUAACAAGCAAAACCUUACUGAAGCUAUAUUCUAUUAAUUCAUCUCCUCUAAAACUAUGGUUCCUUUAUCUAGGAUCUCCUCUACUUUACCAAUUUAAACACAAAUAUCCCACUGAAGUAAUAGCAAUUUCAUUCAGUUAUAAAUAGUGAAUAUCAGAGCACUGUAGUUUAGAAGCGGAGGGGUAUAAAUAAAAGAAGCUAAGGCAACUCUUGCGUGUGUGACUUUAGUUUUCCAUUAUCUCCAGCCUUUUCAAAGUACCAUUUCUAUGAAGACACACUUGUAUAUAAACACUACUUUAAUGCUCUCCUUGAUCUUAUGCUUAAAGCAGACAGGACUCAUAUAGGCUGGUAUUCUGCCCAAGACAGAAGGGAUGAAACAACCAAGUGCACAUAUGCUUGUUGAAAUGCCAAAGUUUUGAUUUAAACAUGUGUAGAGUAUACAGAACAUAUGACUUUAGGAUAGCACACAAGGGAUCAGUAGAGUUUUUUAUUGGAUACUCUGUUGAUUCUUUGUAUCAAACUAUGAGAUAACACUGUCCAACAGCAGUAACCCACACUUGGUUUCCUACUCACUCCUAUUGUGCUGUGGGGAAAGGGUGCCAUAGGAAAAUCGACUGGUAUCAGAGAGAAAUUUUCCCUUGCCCAUUCUCCAGGGAGCAACCCUGUCCUUGCCAGUACAAUGAGAUGGAAAUUCCACAUGCUGAAAUCGCCCCCAUGUGUUGUUUUCUGCAUAGGGGAAAAUCUCUUACCUUAUUGAAUUCUUUUUCCCUCUGCGGCUCUCACACAUGGGCUUAUUAUUUUCAGGUUACUCAUGAAUAUUGAGCUGUUAGUUUAUUUUACCGGAAGAAAAGCUGAGGCAUUUAUUGGAUGUAAGAAGGAUGGCAUGGCACUUUUCUACUUUAUGUGAGCAGCAGGAAGUCAAGAAUCUGAGAAUGUCUCUUACAGUUACCUCAGUUAUAACUGAUUUAAUAGGCCAAAUUCUCUUUUUUGCUCACUGUUAAUGAAUUAAAUCCCCUUCCCUGGCCCAAAAUUUACACAGUCACCAAAUGAAAAGAUAGCAAAGCCUUUUGUCACAUACACUGGAAGGUGUGCUGAUGGGGAUCCUUUUAACCCCUAGGCAUGAAAUCCUAGCCUCCAUGAAGGCGAUGGAGAUCUGCCACUGGCUUCAAGGAGCCAAGAUUUCAGUCUGAAUACACAAGAUAUACCAAACUGAUUCUAGAUUUUUGCUAAAAUGUGCCCAUCAGGAAUUUCAUUGCCUUAACUGGUGUCAGAUGGCCUUGGGACAAGCAGACAUCGAACGAUAUAAUUGAAAUCAACAUUGAUCAGUUCCAACUACUAGAUCAGACAGGGUUCUUUUCAAUGGGCGGAGAAGAGGAGUAGAAACAAGAUUCAACACAUACUUGGCCAUCUAUCCUGAACAUUUAUGCUUUCCCAGUCUCAAAGAAUGCCUAAAAUAUUUUCAGAAUGUCAAACAAGUUAUGCAUGCUAAUUUGUAACUCUGUCACUCAUCUUUUAUGUAAAUAUUUAUUUUACAAUAUUGCCAUAAAAACAAACAAGAUUUACCAACUGUCUAACGAUGGUUAGGGUUUCCUGAAAAUCCAGUGUUUUGGUGGCUUCAGCCUUCACCUCCUCAGAUAAAGUUUGUGAAACUGUGGUCUGCUAAGAAAGCAUGUUUUAAAAUGGUUUGUACCAAGAGAGCAGAUAACAGUAACUUGGUAACCAAACUAAGAGUAAUUAAUGAUGCUGAUAACUUCGGCCCUG